AUCAACUAAAACAACUUCUCUCUCUAUAAUAUUGAUCAUUGAUAAUGGCAAAUACUGAUUUACAGAAGUUGGUGAAUCAAGUGGAGAUCAAAUCGGACGGUGAUGUAUUUCAUGAAAUAUUCAGGGAAAGGCCUCACCACAUCUCCACCAUGUCUCCUUCAUUGAUUCAAAACGUGGAUAUUCACGAUGGUCAUGAUUGGGGAACUGUUGGAUCUAUCAUCUACUGGAAUUACACUCAUGAUGGUAAGGAGAAGGUGGCAAAGGAGAUAAUAAGAGAAAUAAAUGAGGAGAAGAAAUUAGUGAAGUAUGAAGUUGUAGAUGGUGACAUAAAAGAACAUUACAAAACAUUUUUCAUCACUAUUCAUGUGGACACUGAAGGAGAGAACAAUCUUGUUACAUGGACCUUUGAAUAUGAGAAAUUGAAUGAGGAUGUAGAGGAUCCUACCUCCAUCAUGGAUUUCUGCAUUGCUGUGUCGAAGGAUAUCGAGACUCAUCAUCUCGUCGCCAAUUAAAUAUAUAAUUAAUAAGAAUCAAGUGGAGUGUAUGGCUAUGGUUCUGUCUUAUUGUGUGUGGUUAAAUCAUAAUUAUAUAUAAUAAGAAUCAAGUGGAGUGUAUGGCUAUGGUUCUGUCUUAUUGUGUGUGGUUAAAUCAUAAUUAUAUACAAAUAAGUUAUAAAUAAAUUGAAAAUGUGGUUUAUCUUGUUGUAAACAAUUAUGUUUGUAAUCAUUUUAUUGUGUAUUUUAUUGAUAAUAAAGGUUUUUAAAAUCUGAAAUCAUGUUAGAC